AUGGCCAAAGUAAAGACGCCCAAGCGAGGCGCUUCGAAAUCUCCCUACGAACGACCGGGCCAGUCAAACAGCGGCAGCAACAGCAAAUCCGCCAAGAACAAUGUCUUCAAGUUCAACACCAACUUUGGUCAACAUAUUCUAAAGAAUCCUGGAGUAGCCGAUGCAAUUGUCGAAAAGGCCUACCUCAAACCUACCGAUACCGUCCUCGAGGUUGGCCCGGGUACAGGGAAUCUAAGUGUGCGCAUCCUCGAGCGCGCCAAAAAAUUAAUAUGCGUCGAGGUCGACCCUCGUAUGGCAGCCGAGGUAACGAAGCGCGUGCAGGGCACGCCGGAGCAGCGCAAGCUUGAAGUGCUGCUCGGCGAUGUCAUCAAGACGGAGCUGCCAGCAUUUGACGUGUGUAUUUCCAACACGCCAUACCAGAUCUCGUCACCGCUCGUCUUCAAGUUGCUGGCCAUGCCCAAUCCGCCGCGCACGUCGGUGCUCAUGUUCCAGCGCGAGUUUGCCCUACGUCUAACGGCCCGGCCUGGAGACACGCUCUACUGUCGUUUGUCGGUUAAUGCACAGUUUUGGGCGCGUAUCACGCACGUCAUGAAGGUGGGCAAGAACAACUUCCGCCCCCCGCCCCAGGUCGAGUCAUCAGUGGUGCGCAUCGAGCCCAAGGUCGGCAAGGACCGCCCCAACGUCAGCUGGGACGAGUGGGACGGCCUGCUGCGCGUCUGCUUUGUGCGCAAGAACAAGACGCUACGCGCCAGCUGGCUCGGCACCAAGGAAGUUCUGGCCAUGGUGGAGCGCAACUACCGCACCUGGUGCGCCAUGAACGGUGUGGCUGUCGACGACAGCCUCGUCGAGGAUGGGGCUGAUGACGAGGAUGACGAAAUGGCCGUGGAUGGUGCCGAGGACGCGGGUGGCAUGGAUUUAGAUGCGGAGGAUGAGGAUGAUGAUACCCCAGCGUUCUUCAAAGAAGCGGCCGCGAAUGCACCCCCGGCCAAGACCAAGAGCAAGCGCAAGAAGACCAAGGUCGCAGAGCUGGUCCGGGAAAAAAUUCGCAAGGUCCUCGAGGACGUGACGGAGCUGGCUGACAAGCGCUCAGGCAAGUGCGACGAGAAUGAUUUUCUACGGCUACUGUUUGCCUUUAACGAGGAGGGCAUUCAUUUCUCAUAA